GGUAUUCCCCUCGACAGUGAUUCACAGUUAUUCAUUUGAAGAAAACCCGUUUUUCGAAUUUGGACAGAACAGCGUGUUGUUGCAGUAAGGGUCUAUUAGUUCUUUGGCCCUGGACAGUUACGUGUAGUUUGCAGACAGAGGGAAAGUGAAGAGGACAUUUGGCUGGUUCUUCCCAACAACGUGAACGGCGUACGGCUUUCCUCACUGCGAUGGGUGACAAAACGAAAGGAAAUAAAUUAUACGACGAACUCCAGGGGCAACUAAUUAAAGAUGAUGUCCAAAGGAUAAAAGAUUAUCUACAUAACAAUCCUCUUACACCAAACGUUCUCGAAAACUGCGGUACAUCAUUCACGGCUAUUUGUCGUGAACUUGUGAAGGAAAAGAAGAUCAUACCGGAUGCCUUGGACUUCACUUUCCUUGAGGAAAUGUUCAAAUCAUUUCAAAUGCUAACGCUAAUUGACAUAGUGCAUGAAUUCGUUGCCAAUGCCAAAGAAGCAAGGGAAGACAGCAGUGGUGGCAGCUCCCAAUCAGUUAUCCAGUCAGGAGUAGGCAUCAAUGCAGGCAACUUUCCAACCAUCCAAGCUAGGAGUGUGACCAUCAACCAGACCAUCAACAUCCCGCCAACAAAAUCGGAUAGUAAUGUGGACGAUGUGGAUAAAGAUUAGUAAAAAGUGCUUUUACUGGAGUUUUGUACAGAAAUAGCCUACCUUGUGUAAAAUGUACAUAUAGUUUUAAGUAAAAGCAUUUGCCUAAUGUAAUCUAUAUUCGUAUCGCCAAUGGGCAAGCUCUAGGGACUUCGUCACUUGAGAACUGGCAAUGCCCAAGAUUUAUAAUAAAAUAUCGGGAGAAGACAGGAAUUCGUAGUAUUCAUUCUAAGACACUUGGACAUUGCACGGAUGAACUGGAGUGCUUCUCGGGCAAGAACCACACGGUGACUCACCAGAUUUUACUGUCAUACAAAUUAUCUCCUUUGAAAUUCUGCUUGAUUGUAGCUUUAUCCCUUGCAUGACUGGAUGACUUAUUCUGUGUUCAGGACUGAAUUAUUAACCCCUUCUCUGUGGCAUAUAUCUCGGCACAAUUCCACACAUUUGGUCUUUGAAUUAGAUGGCCUUUUUGAAUAAAAAAAAAACCCAUUGCUGAUAAAUGCCUUUUAGCAGAAGUUUUAACAUAACUCCUUGAAUUAAAAGAUCAAGCAUGCAGGAGAACAAGGA